CCCACACGUGUCGAACACCGUUUGGAAAGAGAUUUGUCAUUUUUGAAAUAUUCAAUAAUGUCCUAACGACAAGCUCUGGGAGUGGUCCGCUUUUAAACGAUCAGUUAAGCGGACAAACUACUAAGUGCCUGAGAGAAAAGUAUGGUUAGUUCUGCAAACGUUCUAAAAAUGACAUUCCAGGAGGCUUUGAAACCGUAUGAAUUUCAAGAAUGGGAAGAUGAAGCUAUAGAUUCGCACUGGAUGAUGUCCAGUCCCUACCCUGUAACUGCCCUCAUGGUAAGCUACCUCACGUUCGUAACGUAUCUCGGACCUCGCCUCAUGGCAGAUCGCAAGCCCUUCAACCUAAAGUAUACCAUGAUGGUGUACAAUAUCGCACAAGUCAUAUACAACAUUUGGUUUCUUCAUUUGUAUUUCAGCGAGUCAAAGAUGUUUGGCUACAUGAUGCAAGAAGCUUGCAGUCCGUCCUAUCCUCCUCGGAACCAAGCUCUCAGGCUGUUUUCAUUUAAAGUGACAUGGGUGUGGCUGAUGUCCAAGGUAGCCGAUUUAGUCGAUACGAUGUUUUUUGUGUUGAGGAAGAAGCAAUCACACAUAUCAUUUCUACACUUGUAUCAUCACACGCACAUGGUAGUUAUCGUGUGGUUGUAUCUGAAAUAUGUCAGAGGAGAGCAAGGCAUCAUGAUCGGGCUGGUCAACUCAGUUGUGCACAUUAUCAUGUACAGUUAUUACUUCUUAUCAGCUCUGGGGCCCGGCGUUCAGCGAUAUCUCUGGUGGAAACGAUACAUCACCUGGCUACAACUCUUCCAGUUCUUCGUGCUGAUGGUGUUCUUCGUAUCCCUGUUGGCCAUGUGUUCUACACCACCACUUCAGACCGCCUACAAUGUGUACGCCGCUCUACAGGGCGUCAUAUUCACCGUAUUGUUCCUCAACUUUUAUUUCAAAUCAUAUAACAAAACAUCGAGAAAAAGUUCAAAAGUCACAAAAAGUGUUGAAAAUAGUAGUAAACAUGUAAAACUAGGCAAAUAGUUUAGGUCUUAUUAAAUAUAGCUUAGUUUACUUUUUUACUUUUUAUACUAAAUACAUGUUAUUACUUUUAAUCUGAUUUAAAAGAAAACGGGUAUUUUGUUUGAUCAUCAAAUAUGUGUUUUGUAAAAUACAUUAUGUCAAUCCACGAAAACUCAUUUAAAUACGUAAUGUCUGCAUUUUUGCUACAAUUAUCUUGAGAUUAAAAAGUAUGAACUCUAUGGCUUACAAAUAGGGGCUAUUUAUCGAUCUUAUUGUAAAUAACAUUAAAAACCCACAUCAAUGUAAUACCACUAGAUGAAACACUAACAAUAUUCUAUUACUAAAAUCGGCACAACGUUAUGUUGCUUCAUGGGUUUAGAGCAGUUAAAACUGUUAUUUUUCAUUUCAAAACCUGAACCACAAGUAUCUAGGAGGACUAAACUAUAUAUUUGAAGCUAUACAGGGUGUCCCACGAAGAGGUUCAGACGUUUGAUUUGGUAUUACUUGCCCAUUUAUGUACCGAAUAUUUUGAAACUUUUCACAACUUAGUUUUCUGUGAAAAUUUCAGCUCCCUAACCCCUGAAGAAAGAACAUGUUUGGCAUAUUAAAAAAUGAUACUUUAAAAACAUUAAACAUUCUGUUUUUGGUUUUGUAAAAUGUUUUUAUUCACAUUCUAGGGAAAUAAUGCUUUUUAAUCAGGAAACUCUAGAUUAAAGCAAAAGCUAAAAGUAGAGUCGAAAAUUAUUCAACCAUCCUUCCACAGUGACACACUAAUAACAGCGCUUAACUGAUGAAUCAUAUUAAGCUCUUACAAAGAAAUUCUGCUGCAUCUAGAAUAGUUCCCUUUCAAUUGGUUGUUUUAGUUCCUCAUCAUUAUUGAAUCUAUAUGUAUUAGCUUGUUCCUUCAAGUAAACCCAUGAAAAAGUCACACAGUUUAAUUUGGGGAUCGAGAUGUCUAAUUACAAAAAAAAAAACUUCCACGAUCAAUCCAAUGGCAAUGAAGGUUGUCAUUUAGUAAUUGCUUGACAUGAUUUGCACCAUCUUUUUUGAAGAUUGCUUGAUACAUUUCUGGAACCGUAAAAUGAGUCAAGACAAGUUCAUUUAAAACUUGUGAAUGCCUAUUUCCAGUCAUUUUAAUGUCUGAAAUGUCGUAGUACAGCACACCAUUACAACUGACAGCAUUCUUAUAGGAAGCAAAUUGGUAACAUUUUAAAUAUGCUACCAUUUUUAUUCCACAACAUUGUUAUGGAACUGAAAUUUUCCCAAAAUACUUUUUAAAUCUACUUCAUAAAUUGUGUAAAGUUUCAAAAUAUUCGGUUUAUAAAUGGACAAGAAAUAUAACAUCAAACGUUUAAAUCUCUUCGUGGGACACCAUGUAUAUUUCACUCGAAGUUUUUUUAACGUGGCAAAUGUCUCGCCGGCAUACUGAUUAAUCUUUGAUAAUUAUAAAAUGAAAUAGUCUACAACCAUCCCCUUGCGAAAAACUUAAAAUUGGCAAUGGGUAUAAAGUUACGUACAAAGUUACAGGUAUAAAAUACAUUUAUAUUACGACCCGAGUGUUUUAAAUAUCACCAUGACAUUCCGCCGCCCUUUGCCAGCCGCUCACGAGCCCCGGGCGUUAUUGGCUUUGUCGACCGCCGUGUCAUUGUGGAUUAAAUGACGUGACGAUGAGAGUGUUUCUAACUGUUGAGUAAAAGUAUUCAUAAAAAAUAUGGUAUAACCUUAGUUUACUCGCAAUGCAACAAUUCAAAAUGCACAGUUGACGAAUAAAGUAAUACUGCUCCAAAACAAAUUAUUAUAAAACACGAUUGUAUAUAAUAGUGCAUUUAAAUUUUUGUUUUUUUGAAUGUGUAAAAUAAAU